AUGUUAAAAGUUUUGAGAAUCGUCCUCUUCUGUAGCCUGCUGCCCCUAUCUCAGGGAGUGGUCCCUGGAGUCUUUUCUGUAGUCAGUCCAGAGGGAAUUCACAAUGUUGUCUUAGGUGUAUUGCUUCAGGAUGGGCUUCUCCAAAAGCAUCUCCAGGCAAUACAGAUCCCCGACAUCGUGAGCGGAGGGGACCUGCUUGGUUCAUUCAUCAGCAUCACAGGACUAGAAGUUGUUAACGUCCAGCUGUCCACGGUGUCGGUGACGCUGCUGCCUGGAAUUGGGGGCCAGCUGACCAUUGCUACUAAGCUAGAGAUCAAUGGCAACUUGUUGCUAUCUGAGCUGAUACAUAUUUCAGUGGACGUGAACCUUAACGCAAAAGUCAGAGUGACCGACUAUUCAACAGGUGUCUUCCAAGUUGUAAUUGAAGACUGCCAAUCCCUGCUUGGUCCCUUUGACAUCGGGCUUCUCUCAGGUUUGCUGCCAGUAUCAGUGACUGGAUUAGUGUCUAGCGCCCUUACGACAACUCUGCCAAGCCUGGUGCUGAGUGUUUGCUGUUUUUUACGAUUGUGUCCAGUAGUCAACAACAUCGUCAAGCUGAUGAACAUGCAGCUGCUGGGCACCCUGAAUGUGCUGGUCCCACUUGGUGCCGUAGGAAAGAUCCAGUAUCAGUUAGCUAGCCUUCCACUGAUAACUGACCUGUAUGUCGGACUGGAUUUAAAUACCGUGAUCCAUCAGGUGGAAGGAGGCAACAUCUCCCUCCCUGUCAGCGCCGUCCCCGUCACCCUGCCUGGCAGUGUUCUGAACCUGGGGCUGAGCCAGGCUUGCUUCAAUGCUGCGCUGUCCCUCCUCAUCCGGAUCCAGCCACAGACAUUUAUUUCUACAUCGAACGUGGUGAGUACUGAGUGCCAGGGUUAUGAGCAGCAGCACUUCCUGGAGUACAGCUGUGCACUGCGACGAGAUUGCUAUGGGUGCAUCGAGAAAGCCCCAGGACACAGUGACCAGCAUUUGCUGAAAGCCGCCAACAACUGA